AAGAGUGAGGGAGACCGAUCGGCAGCGUUGGCUCUGCAUCCCACAACUCUGGGGUUUACCAAGAAGAAAAACCCUUACCAUUUACCUUUAAUACACCGGUGUUGCAUUUCGAUGGUCUGAUGGGGGAUUCAUUUAUCGCAUCAACUCAAAAAAAGUAAAUUCCACAACUCGACUAACUGGCUACAUACCAAGUUGUAGCAGACUCAACAUCUGGAUCUGUCCAAAGAACCCAAGGAGUUCUUGGGAAAAUGAAGACGCUGGAGGAGCCCCCGUACCUAACAGUCGGCACAGACGUCAGUGCCAAAUACAGGGGGGCCUUCUGUGAGGCCAAGAUCAAAACGGCCAAGCGGCUGGUCAAAGCGAAGGUGACUUUUAAACAGGACCUGACGACGGUGGAGAUACACGACGAGUACAUCAGAGGGCCCCUGAAGGUAGGAGCUGCUGUGGAGGUGAAAACACAGGAUGGGGUGUACCAGGAAGCGACCAUCAACAAGCUAACAGAUGCCAGUUUGUACACUGUUGUGUUCGAUGACGGCGAUGAGAAGACCCUGAGGCGGUCCUCCCUCUGCCUGAAAGGAGCACGGCACUUUGCGGAGAGCGAGACACUUGACCAGCUUCCCCUAACCAACCCUGAGCACUUUGGCACGCCAGUCAUUGGGAAGAAGGGCAACCGUGGGAGGCGCUCCAACCAAGUUAGUCAAGAAGAGGAGUCAUCUUCAUCCUCCAGCGAGGAGGAGGAGGCUGAGAGGCCACAGAACGAUGAUCUGCUGGGGAAGGUUGUGUGUGUAGAGUGUGUUGGACCCUGCGAAAGGAAAAGAACAACGUGGUACCCAGCUCUGGUGAUAUCUCCGGACUGCAGUGAGGAGGUGACGAUGAAAAAGGACACGGUUCUCGUGCGCUCCUUCAAAGAUGGGAAACUGUACAGUGUGUUUCGGAAGGACGUCCAGGAGCUGGACCUCAAGGCGGUUCCUAAAGCAGAGGCUGGAUUGAAAGCAGCGCUCGAUGCGGCUCUUGACUUCCUGAGGCGGGGUGCUGUACCUAGUUCCUGGAGGAUGGAAGUGAAGGAGGAGUCCUCCAGCAGUGAAGAAGAUGAUGAGGAAGAGGAGGAAGCACAGGAGGAGGAUGCCAGCAGUGAGGGGGAGGAGGAGGAGAUUGAGCCCUUUCCUGAGGAGAGAGACAGCUUCCUGCAGCAGCUCUACAAGUUCAUGGAGGACCGAGGCACUCCUAUCAACAAGAGGCCAGUGUUGGGUUACAGGAACCUCAACCUUUUCAAGCUCUACAGGCUGGUGCACAAGCUUGGAGGAUUUGAUAAUAUUGACAGCGGUGCUGUCUGGAAGCAAGUUUACCAGGACCUGGGGAUUCCUGUGCUUAACUCAGCAGCUGGCUACAAUGUCAAAUGUGCCUACAGAAAAUAUCUGUAUGGGUUUGAAGAGUACUGCACGUCAACAGGGAUCACCUUCAAGAUGGACCUUCCCCAGAAGCCAGUUGAGAAGCAGGGUUUCAAAGAGGACAAGAAGACUGAAAUCGAAGCUGGAGGACCAAAUGCAUCCUCAAGCCUUAGCCCAAGGAUUGAGCAAAGCCCCUGUAGGGAGGGCGACAAACCCCAUGAAGCUCUGCCUGCUGCCUGCAAGGAGGAGCAGAUGGCUGGGCCAAGUGGAGCGACCAACCACAAAAACACAGCUGCCAGCCCAAAGGAGGAGGAGCGGGAGGAGGAGAAUGACGAGAACGACAGCGUUAAGGAUGACGAGAGCGGAGGCCGCGUUGCAGCUCUGCAGCCAGAGAGCAUAAAGUCCGAAGACUGUGAAGAAAAGCAGGCCCAGCAAAAGUCUGGGGAGGACAGCAACCAGGAGGAGGAAGGGGAGGAAUUUGAGUGCUAUCCACCAGGAAUGAAAGUGCAAGUGAGGUACGGGCGUGGACGCCACCUUAAGACUUAUGAGGCCACAGUUAAAGAGUCAGACCUGGAGGGUGGAGAGGUUGUCUACCUGGUGCACUACUGUGGCUGGAAUGUGAGGUACGAUGAAUGGGUCAAAGCAGACAAGAUUGUGCGACCAGCCAACAAGAACGCCCAGAAAGUGAAACACCGUAAAAAAAUAAAGAAUAAAACAGAAAGAGAGAAAGACAAGACAGACACAAUGACAGACAGGGAGGAUGCCUCUCCCUCACGAAACCACCGCGUCCACCGAUCCUCCAAGCCUGGCGACACCCACGAUUGCUUUUACAAGGUGGAAAGUGGAGGGAGCACACCUGCUCAGCAGCUGCCUUCAAAGUCCCUUCUCAAUGGACUGCAAGCAUCCGAAAGCUCAGGCAAUGAGGAGAGUGAGCAGGAGAUGGACGACAUUUGUGAUAAUGAUGAAGAGGAGUGUUUGGCCAUCCAGGGGAGCCCUGUUGCUGAGGGUGCCGCCCUGGCGGAGCCAUGGGAAGUACAUGCCCCUCUGGAGGAGGGGGAAACAGGCCAAAGCCCAGGCAGACAAGAUUGCGUGGACUGUGGAAAGCGCAAGAGUCCAGCAGAGACUGAGGUGGAGGGGACUGGUAAAAAGAGUAAGACAGACAGACCAGGUGACCGUAUUCCAAAAGGACAGCCCAAAAGCAAAUCUAGAUCCAGCAGCAGGUCUGGGGACUGGGCACUUGGUUGCCCCCCUAAGAAGCUGGAGGAUCAAAGUGCUGGCUCUCAUGAAGACACUGGCAUUACAUCCAGCAGCAGCUCAGAGGAUGAGGAGGAGGAGGAAGGCACUAAAGAGCUUCAGGAAGGAGGGCAGCAGUCACGGUGUAAGACCAAAAGUACCCCAGAUAGGCGUAGAAACGGGCUCAAGGAGAAGGCAAAGGCGGUGCGACCUUCCACAUUCUGGGAUGUUCCAGACAAGAGACCCAAACUGGCACUGGGUGUGGAAGAGAGGACACCCAGCAACCGGCCCAAGGGCCAAAAGGAUGUGUGGUCCAGCAUCCAGGCACAGUGGCCCAAAAAGACCCUAAAGGAACUGUUCUCUGACUCAGACACAGAAGCAGCAGGCUCACCGCCGCCAGCUCCCCCAAGGGCUGAUGAUCCUGGUGUGGACCCAGAACCAGAGCACAGCCCGGGAGGUGAUCGCUGUGCGAAAGAUGAUGUCAUCCAGGAGCCAGAAAAGACCCGGGAGUUCCCUAGCAGUGGCAGCAACUCCGUCCUCAACACGCCGCCGACCACACCCGAAUCCCCUCCCCGGGAGGCCGCGGAGCAUGCCUCCACUCAACCUCCUCUCCCAUUGGUGGCCUCCCCCGCUGCAUCCCCACCGGUGCCCCAUCCAGAAGAGAGCACAGGGGCUCGCAGUGAGACAGACAGCAGCACAGUAGAAGUUGAGAGCCUUGGAGGAGAGGUGCCUGAGCUGCCCCCUGAAGAGAGGGCAGGAUCUCCCUCCAUGGUCUUUGACGCCAGCCUCUCGUCCUCCAGCAACAGCAGCUGCAGCCUUGCUCUAAGCAGCAGCAGUCCUCUGGAGACUGAGCAGGCAACCAAAGCCACCGGGACUCACAAGCGUCUAAGGGACACCCAGGAACGCAGCGCUGCAAAGAAACCCAAGAGAAGCCACAAGAGCUCAACGGCACACCCAAAAAAGAGCCGGAAAGCAGCAAACAGCAGCGACAGUGAAGACUUGGCCCCGGGUGAGAGGUCGGGCAAAUCUGUGUCCUCCAGAGCAAACGUUGCUCCUCUCAAGUCCGCCGGCAGGGUGCCUCCUGCUGCUGGCCACAAGUACGGCAAGUCUGGAGACUCGGAUCCCCACCAGCACCAGCAGAGCCGCUCGUCUCGCAUGUACAAGUGGAGCUUUCAGAUGUCUGACCUAGAGAAGAUGAGCAGCUUGGAGAGAAUAAGCUUCCUGCAGGAGAAGCUUCAGGACAUCCGCAAUCACUACCUCUCGCUGAAGUCCGAGGUGGCCUCCAUUGAUCGCAGGAGGAAGCGCCUGAAGAAGAAGGAACGAGAAGGUGUAGCAGCAGCAUCUUCCUCUUCCUCCUCGUCCUCGUCUCCCUCAUCGAGCUCUCUGACAGCAGCCGUCAUGCUGACCCUUGCAGAACCCGUCUCGGGGUCUUCUCAGAACUCUGGCGUGUCCGUGGAAUGCAGGUGACGGUACUAUUGGGGAAGCCCACAGCACUCAGCACUUACCCUUCUCUUCCUCCUCCGCACCCCUUUUACUACAGUAUAAUACAAGUUACAAAGCAAACAAAUGACUAAGGCACAAAUCAACCAGUCAGAGAACACUCAGCUCAAGAAGGAGUACUUUUUUCUAUUGACAGCUGUUUUUCUUGGCAAGCUAACUCUGCACUGAAGUGCACUUUCUUCAAGUGGUGGGGGGGUUAAAACAGAAAUAGUCCUUGAUCUUUUACUGGUGUUAAUGUUUUUUGAAAGUUGUUUUCUUCGAGCAAUAAUUUUUUUUUUUGUUCCCCC